GUCUCCGAGAAUUUGACAGCUGUCAGCUACUUAAAUGCCUUACACCCAUCACUCUCAUUCAGGGCAAUUUUGCCAUCAUGCCACUGGCCAAUUAGAAGAAGUCAUUCUUUCAGCUAUAAAGAAAGGUUUCCACACCCUAGGCUUGACUGAGCAUAUGCCCCGGUUCUCCGAAGGUGAUCUGUACCCGGAGGAGAUUGAGGCAAAGUGCACGCCGCAAUCACUUCAAAAGACGUUUGAAGACUAUUUAGUGGAAGCUCGUCGUUUGCAGCAAGCAUACAAAUCGCAAAUCAACAUAUUGGUUGGGUGCGAAAUCGAGUUUAUUACAAUCCAAUACAAGCAAUAUAUCGCAGAUUUACGGCAAGAACACGGUAUCGACUACGUUGUUGGAUCUCUCCAUCAUGUGCAUGGAAUACCCAUAGACUUUUCACCCGAGCUAUAUGCAACUGCAUUAGAAAAGCAUCAAGGCAACCUGCAUGACUUAUUUGCCUCGUAUUUUGAUGAACAGUAUCAGAUGCUUCAGGCUGUUCAUCCAGAAGUAGUUGGUCACUUUGAUCUUAUUCGCAUAUUCCGAACAGAGCCAAAUGCUGGAAUCAAUGACGAAGUAUGGGAUAAGAUCACGCGAAAUGUAGAGCUAGUUAUUAGCUACGGUGGACUCUUCGAAAUCAAUUCGCGGGCGUGGAAGAAAGGUCUGAAGGACGCUUAUCCUCAAAGAGAUGUAUUCAAGCUAAUUCAGGAUCGAGGUGGAAAAUUCACCCUGUCGGAUGAUUCACAUGGACCUAAAGACGUUGGCUUGUAUUACAACAAAUUGCAAGCAUAUCUCCGAGAAAUGGGAGUGGGAUCCUUGUAUUAUUUAGCGCUAGAUGACCAAGGUAAACCCGUUGUAAAAGAGCACAAGGAUGCGGCAGAAGAUACGUUUUGGAUGAAGAUUUUGGAACAGGAGUGAAAUCAUCUAUGUAUCUAUUAAAAAAUAAUGCUACUACUGGUACUUCUAUGAUGCUAUUUUGCGUAGCUUUGCAAUGAAAAAUCCUACGGUCUCUGGAUUGUUGACAGGGUCGAACCUUUGCACCUUGGAACAUGCAUCAGCUUCUAA